GUUACCGUUUAUGAAUAAUAUAAGUCUCAAUUUUCUCAAUAUUAACUACAAACGAAUGAGAAACAUAUGUAUUUUCAGGAGUUAUAUGCAUCCAUAAGUUUCGAGUGAUUUUAUAUUCAUAUUUUAUUAUUCGAUUUUGUUGUUUAUGUCAUAACGUCUAUGAGAAGAUCUCUUGGAUGCAAAGAACGCAACCAAGCAAAUGUAAUAGCAGAAAACGCUUAUGAGAAAACGUAAUAAAAAAUUAUUUCAUUAUGAAAGUUGAAGCAAAACUUGGAAGAAUAAAAUAUUUUGCUGCUUUAGGGACUUUAGUUAUAUUAAUGUUGACAGUACAAAGAAUGAAAUACACGAAGUUGGAUAUGACAAGCAACUAUAAUGCCUUCCUUUUAUCAGAAAGUAGCACUGGAGUGGGGAAUCUUAACGAUGUUGGACGUGUUUUGUUAGAACAAAGAAAUAAUGUAUCAAAAUUGCUAAACAUGAAACAACAGGUACUUGGACAACUGGAAUGCAAGCAGAGAAACACAACAACUGCAACUGGAGGCUGGUGUGAGAAACAGAGCAGAGCACAUGCAGGAAAAGAAAUGACCGAUGAACAGCUGGUGCCUACAUUGAUACAAGUGUUAAAAGGAAAAUACAUUGGAAGUUUUGGUGAUGGGCCGGGGCAAUAUAAAGAACUCAUUAUUGCUUCUGGUGAAGUAAAAGGCUAUGAUGCAUAUGAUGGGGCGCCAUUUACUGACGUAACAAGUAAUGGGAGCGUUAAGUAUCUUGAUUUGACUCUACCACAGUAUGGAUUGCCUCUAUAUGACUGGGUUCUGAGUAUCGAAGUGGCAGAACAUAUUCCAAGAAAAUAUAUCCUUUCAAAAGACGUUUUAAUGUUACAAACUUAAAAAAUACAAAACAUAACAACGGAAAUUCUAGACGAAUUUUUAGAAGAUUUUUGACUAGACUUCAUAUCAUAUGUAGAGAUAUUGACAAAGGGUCAGUGCGAAUAUGCACCUUAGCGAUAUGUUUCCUAUAGUGGGAGGGACCAGUUUCGUAUUUGGCCUGGGUACGUUUUUUUAAUAAAAUAGGUAGAUGUACUUUAGAGGCAUUUAUAUUCAACUGGUUAUUUAUGAUGUUUAUAGAACUAAGGAUUCCUGCGUACGAGUAAUUAUUGUCUAAAAUAGAUAUAUGCUUGAGUCGAGUUUCCUAGUUCCGUGUAGACGGGCGGAUCUAAAAUCUUACCUGAGCAAACGGAAGUCAGACGAAAUGGACACGGUCAUCCAUCCAUCCAGAUUCAGCUCAAAUUUGCGGAAAAAUUCAACGGUUAUGAGACACUGGCACCAGACCAGAUAGAAAAUGCUUCUGUACAUGCUAUA